AUGGCGCCCUCCCCCGAAGAGGCCCCCAAGGCCGAGGCCAAGCAGCCAGGUGCCAUCGAGACUGCCCAGGCAGCUGCCCAAGACCCCCAAUCCCACAUCCAAGCCGAGACCGCAGAAAAGGAGCUGGUCGAACAGAGCCGCAAGGCCGGCGUGCCAGCUUUCCAAUUUGACCCUGAUGCGUCUCCAAAGGAAAAGGCCGAAGCAGUGAAAUCAGCCCUUCCCCCAAAUUUUAGCAACCCGAAAAAGCCCACGGGAGUAGCAGUGGUAUCGGAUCUUGAUGUCAAAGGCCCCGACAAAUAUGACCUGCCUUCCCCAGCCAAACCCGCAGACAUAAUCAUCCAUCCUCCCGCCGAAGACGGAGCCAAUGACCAAUUGACGGACGAUACGCGAUGGGCCCGAGACCGGACCGGAUGGGCUCCACAGUUCGAGCAACACAAAGAGGACCAAGAGCAAGAGGAGACGUUGCUGGACCAUCGGACCACCUUGGAGGGCAAGCUGGAUGAUAAGUUUUUCGGAGAUUGGUAUCACAAUGCGGCCGUGAUUGUGUUCGCCUGUCUAUCAUCCUGGCUCAUCGCGGUGCUGGGAGGAGGCCUUGGUUGGGUUUUGAUCGUCAUGGCGACCUGUGGCACUUACUACCGAACCUCCAUCCGCCGCGUUCGACGUAACUACCGCGAUGAUAUUCAUCGGGAGCUGGCAAAGCAACGUCUGGAGACGGACACUGAAAGCCUGGAGUGGAUCAACAGCUUCCUGGUGAAAUUCUGGCCCAUCUAUGCGCCCGUGCUGUGUGACACCAUCAUCAACUCGGUCGAUCAGGUCCUGAGCACGUCGACCCCCACCUUCCUCGACAGUCUGCGAUUGAAGACCUUCGUUCUCGGAUCCAAACCCCCGCGGCUGGAACAUGUCAAAACCUACCCCAAGACGGAGCCGGACACGGUGCUCAUGGACUGGAAAUUCAGCUUCACGCCCAACGAUACGAUGGACUUGACCGCCCGCCAGCUCAAGGACAAAAUCAACCCUAAAGUGGUCCUCGAAGUGCGAGUCGGCAAGGGCGUGGUGAGUAAGGGUCUCGACGUCAUUGUGGAGGACUUUGCCUGCUCCGGCUUGAUGCGGGUUAAAGUCAAGCUGCAGAUCCCCUUCCCCCACAUUGAACGUGUUGACGUGAGUUUCUUGGGACGGCCAGAGAUCGAUUAUGUGUGCAAGCCGAUUGGUGGAGAACAUUUGGGCUUCGAUAUCAACUUCAUCCCCGGCCUGGAGUCCUUUAUCAAGGAGCAGAUCCAUGGCAAUCUGGGUCCGAUGAUGUACGAACCCAAUGUUUUCCCAAUUGAGAUUGCGAAGAUGCUGGCGGGCAAUCCGGUCGAUCGGGCGAUUGGUGUUGUUGCUGUUACCCUUCACGGAGCUGUGAACCUGAAGAAUUCCGAGCGAUUGGGGAACACCAACGACCCGUACGCCACCGUCUCCAUCAACAGCCGGAACGAAUUGGGACGGACCAAGAUCAUCCAUGACACCAACAACCCGCGCUGGAACGAGACUCUCUACAUCAUCAUCACGUCGUUUACCGAUUCCCUAACCAUCCACAUUUACGACUACAAUGACUUCCGGAAAGACAAGGAACUGGGUGUAGCGACGUUCCCCCUCGAUCAGCUGGAGGAGGAACAUGAACAUGAAAACCUCAAUCUGGAUGUUUUGUACAGUGGUCGGAAUCGUGGUGUUUUGCAGGCCGACGUCCGCUUUUUCCCCAUCCUGGAAGGGAGGAAGCUGGAGAACGGCGAAGUCGAACCGCCGCCUGAGCUGAACACCGGCAUUGCCCGGUUUACGGUCGAGCAGGCCAAGGACUUGGAUGGCACCAAGAGUCUGGUUGGCGCUCUCAACCCGUAUGCGGUCCUCCUGUUGAACGGAAAGGAGGUCCACAUCACCAACAAGCUCAAGCGGACCAACAACCCGAUCUUCCAGAAUCCGUCGAAAGAACUGCUCAUCACCGACCGUAAGAACGCUCGUCUGGGGCUCGUGAUCAAAGAUGAUCGAGAUCUCGCGACGGACCCGGUCAUCGGCAAAUACCAGAUCAAGGUCAAUGACAUGCUCAAGAUGAUGGAAAAGGGCCAAGAGUGGUUCCAGCUGAGCGGGGCCAAGACCGGUCGGGUCAAGAUGACGCUGGAUUGGAAACCUGUCGCUCUCCGGGGCGUGGCAGGCAGCGCAGGCUACAUCAAUCCCAUUGGUGUCGUCCGGCUGCAUUUCAAGAGCGCCAACGACCUGCGCAACCUGGAGACCAUGGGCAAGUCCGACCCCUAUGUUCGCGUCCUGCUGUCUGGCAUUCCCAAGGGCCGGACAGUUACCUUCCGGAACAACCUCAAUCCGGAGUGGGAUGAAGUGGUCUACGUGCCCGUUCACAGUCCUCGGGAAAAGCUCACCUUGGAAGUCAUGGACGAAGAGACGAUGGGCAAAGACCGCACUCUCGGUGAGGCUGAGCUCCCGUUAGCCGAUUACAUUCAUGAGGGUGAGAAUGGGGAAUACGAAGUCGAUGACGAAAAGCAGCCCAUCACCAGUGGGCUUCGCCUGCAUGGCCGGGGACAGGUCAAAGGCUACCUCCACUACACCGUUGCCUUCUAUCCCACGUUGAACGUCGUGGACCCCGAAGAAGAGGCUGAGGAAGCAGAAGAAGAUGGAAGUGAUGGCCGACCAUCCACCGCGCUGUCGAGGAGGAGCGACUCGAAGCGGAAGAGUAUGGAUUCGACCAGACGGAAGAGCGAAGACGCCCCGCGGCCCAGCACGGACCUGUCUAAGGCCAACGGCCGACCGAGCCUGGAGGCCAACAGCCCUAAGCCCCUCCUCAAUGGCGAUGCUGCCUCCAAUGCGGAGACUACCUCUAUCGCUUCGUCUGCGAAAGAGACUCCCAAGAUCUACAUCGGACCAGAGGAUCUUAAGAAUUACGAAUCCGGUUUGCUUGUUUUCAAACUUCUCGAAGGCCAAUUGUCACAUCCCAAUUUGCAGCUCGAAGUCGUCUUGGAUGACCAUUUGUUCCCAUCGUACACGUCACAGAAGGUGAAAUCAAAGGAUGCGACAUUUGCAGAUAUUGGCGAUGCUUUUGUCCGCGAGCUGGACGUGUCUCAGAUCACACUCCGGCUUGUCCAGCGGAGUAAGGAGAAGGACGAGGACGAAUCGCACACGGUCGCCAAAAUGACUGGGCCGACCUUGCAGACUCUGCAGCGCUGCUUGUACACUCCCACAGAGCUGGUUCUCCGGUCGAAUGACGGGGCAGUCAACAAGAUCAAAGUCAGCCUCAGAUUCAUUCCCGUCAAGAUGAAGCUGGAUCCGCGUGAAAGCAUCAACAAUUCGGGUACUUUGCGUGUUGACGUGCUUGACGCGGCUGAUCUCCCAUCGGCGGAUCGGAAUGGAUACAGCGACCCCUACUGCAAGUUCAAGCUGGCCGGAAAGGAGGUGUACAAGACCAAGGUCCAGAAGAAGACGCUUCACCCGGCUUGGAACGAGUUCUUCGAGACUCCAGUCAAGUCCAGGAUUGGCGCCGAUUUCCGCGUGGAUGUCUAUGACUGGGACUUUGGAGACAAGGCGGAUUACUUGGGCGGUGCCCCGAUCGAUCUGGAGCAGCUGGAACCUUUCCAGUUGAAGGAGGUGUCGUUCCCUCUGGACGGAAAAUCCGGAGUCAUCCGGCUAAAGCUGCUCUUCAAGCCAUCCUACGUCACCCGGUCCCGACAGGGCUCGUCGACGUUCUCGGGGACAUUUGCAACCCCCGGAAAGAUCGUGGGGGCUCCUGUCAAGGGUGUUGGCAUGGUUGGUGGAGGUGUUGUUAGGGGUGCCACCUUCUUGGGCCGUGGAAUUGUUUCUCGGUUCCGGAGCCACGAAGAGGAGGAACCCGCAGCGACUACAACUCCUCCGAGCGAGGCCAAAGAGCAGUCUCCGCCCAGAACUCCUAACCCCAAGCCGGAGGGCCUUCAGCGCUCGCCAGCCCUGCUCGUGGACGGUGCUACUCCUCCUACGGCAGCGGCAGCGGCAGCGGCUUCUACACCGGAGAGUCUGCAACGGCACCACAGCCGCACCCGCAGCGUGGUCUCGCAGUUUGGCGGCGACAAGGGUGGCGACCUGGGAAUCGCAACGUUUACUAUCAUCUCCGCCACCGGGUUCCCGGCGUCGGCCCAUGUGCGGGUGAUUGUCAAGGUGAUCGGCUCCAAGGGUGCCAAGGAUGUGCAUAAGACGAAGGCGAUCAAAUCCAGCAGCGGAACCGUGCAGUUUGAUGCGUCGCACGAGACAUUCCGGGUGCCGAAUGUGGCGGCCGACGCGCAGUUCCAGCUGCGGGUUGUGGAUCACUCGACGUUUGGUUCUGACGACGUGUUCGGAGAGACGCUGUUUUUCGUGGACGACCAAGGGUCCGUCGCCGGCCGGGAGAAGACGAUCAAGGUGGGUGAUGGACAAGUGACGCUCAAGAGCAGUUUUAUUCCUAGCGACGCUGGCAGCAUUCGACCGGGCACGGCCUACUCUGCCAACGGGGAUGCGGCGGAGGGCGGUGAAACUCCGGAGAGGAAACCGCGACGGAGCUUCCUGUCGAAGCGGAGCGCGAGUACUAAUCAAGGGUAG